UUACGGUCACACCGCUAGGCGCGAAAACAGCUGUUGUUAUUGAUUACUUUUUUUUCUCAUCCGUGGGCUGCACACAAAAUGAAAAGUUUUUAAAUAAAAAUCACAAUGCUGCGUCAGGAGAACUUGGCCGCCAACUUCUGUGGUCUUCUGGCCAGCCAGGGACACACAGAAAAGGCGAACGAAUGGCGAUUUUUGGGGCAGGAGCAGGACGGAUCACUGUUAACAUCCUGGAUAUUUGAUUAUAUGGACGAUGAAAAGAGACGUGAGACCUGCAUUGGACAUUUCCAUGCCACCAAAAAGCAGCUGCGCCUGCUAUGGACCAUGCCCUGCUGCGAGGUCAUCCAGGCGAGCAUCAACAGCAGCGUGACUCUCCUCUCGUAUGUUGUGAAAACCGAGGGACAGUUCUACCAGGCUUUCGUGGUGGAGGUGCGCAGCACCGAAGUUGGCACGCCCACGCCCCUUAACGUGGAUCCCUCGCCGCGCCAGAUAAUGACCCAGUUUCUGUGGCGUGUGGAGGGUGCCACGCGUACCUGCUGGCAGGACAAGCUGUUGGUGCUCACCCACGAGGAAUCCAUCAAGCAGUACAAUUGCAUUGUCAAACAAAGCUCGACAACAACGCAACCUGGUGGAGCCGAAGGCAGUGCCUGGCGUCUGGACACCAGCAUACUGACCCAGGAAACACUGGCCAAGAAUUUCAGCUGGGCUCAGUGGGAUGCAGAGUGUCAGGCCCUCUACUACAUACACCUCAAGCCAAAGGCCCAGAGUCUCAGUUUGCUGGACGAACGGGAGGAGGCUGGCGAGCAGACAGCUCCCACGCUGAGUCCAACACUGUCCGCUUUUCAGUUUAACGAGAAACAGCCGACGGAAACGGUGCUCAAUAUACCCCUGAAUCUACCGAAGCUGCCAACGGGCUCCAAUGACUCCAAUGAUUCCACGCCCAGCUACGACGACGAUGCUGUUCCUCUGCGCGUGCACGACAGCACGCUGAACUUAAUCAUCCUGGCGGACAGUUCGGGCAUGUUCUUCGUCUGCCACUAUUACCUGUACCAGCCCAUGCAGACUGAGCAGCAGGAGGUGCACUUUGCCUAUUCUGUAACGCUGUUGCAUCACGGUUGUGUGGUUCACUGUGUCAUGCCGGGCGUUCCCUGGAAGAAGGCUCGCUUGCUGCGGCCGACAUUUGCUCUGCAUGGCCAGCACCAUUUGCUCGUUUCCUCGGCCUUCUUUGUGCACCUGCUGGAUGUGGGACUGCAGCACGAGCCCAUUUGCCACAUCGUUUGUGCGGCCCACAACCGAGGGCCGGAUCUUACCCAGCUGGUGCCUCUGAGGAAGUGGGGUACCUUGGCCUAGAAGCUGAAAGGGUCAAAAUCACAGAAUCCGCUUUUAAAGUGAGAUAAAAAUAUAUAUAUAAAAAAUUCAGCGAAAAGUGAUCGGCAAAUAAUUAUUCUUUAUAAACAUUAAUUGAAUUAUGUUUUACUUCCAACGGGGAUGAUUAUUUUACAAAAAUAAACUAUUAGACAUUUUAUAAUUAAAAUGUAAAAGGUUUUUUAAAAUAUAUUAUAAUUAAAUUUAAAUAUAAAAAUAAUUUUUAAAGCGCAAUUUACCAUUAAACGUUCUUUAUUGAUAAAAAAAGAAACAAAUGUUAUUUUAUAAAGGAAAAUAUGCACCGGCAACAAAGUUCAACUUUGAUACUUUAUUGUAAAGACUUCUUGUAGAGAAAGAUUUAUCUUUUUAUCUGCGCUCAGCGAUCGGAGCGGCAAUGCCGUCCCGUAAAGGCCAAGAAGGCAUUCACUUACAUUUUGAAUAUCGCUCAAUAAACAUUGUAAUUAUUUGAUAACAAUAA